CGGUAAGAAACUCAAAAAGUCCCCUUUGUCAUUCGGCCCAAGAAAGUGUUCACCAGGGGAUGUCCCUUUCGCGCCAUUUAACUCUGCCAAAAACUUGGGAUAUGAAUUUACUUAAGAAGAACAUUAGGUGAGGAGGAUGUCUUUGUUAUUUCAGGUGGCAUUCGGCCAACCUUCUUGAAAUCGCUCCAAAGAAGCAUCCGCUUUAUUUUCCUAUAAAUAUCGGGAUGUGCGUCUUGCAAAUCACGGUCGUCUUGGGUUUUGACAAUUUCGGUCAUCUUGAUUCGCCUUAGUUUGCAUCAGUUCUCACCGAUCAUCAUCACAGCCAUCUUGAGCGGACAGUUUGAAGAAAUCAAUUAAUAUUAAAGCACAAUGGCAAGAUUCGCCUUGUUUCUUCUGAUUGUUGGCGUGGGAAGCACCUUGGGACAAGGAGGCUUCAACUGGCAGCCACAACCACCACAACUAGGUUUCAACUGGCAGCAACCACCACCACAACUAGGUUUCAACUGGCAGCAACCACAAACAAAUUGGCAGCAAAACUGGCAGCAACCACUACUACCAAAACGACCACAACUACCACAAAUACAAGUACCACAACCACGACCAAACCCAAUAGAGGAGUUUAUUGGUGACAUCCCUGUAGUAGGCGUAUUCAAAGAUGGCGCCCAGGUUGCUCCCGGCGUUUACGUCCAGCCGAAAUUUAACUUCGGCAAGAAGGAGGUUGGCGUGGCGGUCAGAUUCGAAUUCAAGAGGUCUGUGAGUCAGCCGACGAAAGCGGGCGCUUUCUCCCUGCUGGAUAUCGAUGGUAACGGCUCCCUGUCUGUCGAGGAGUGGCACGCCCACAAGGGGGGCGUGGUCAACUUCGCUUCGUUCUUGGAGAGCGUGGAUACUGAUGAGAACGAAGAGGUUUCUUGGGCUGAGUUUCAGACAGUCAACCGCGUUUACACCAGAAACAGUGACGUAGCCACGGGGGGCAUGAGGGGACGACAGCCCCCCCAUGAAACCUUGUCGCAGUUUAAGUACGCAUUUCAAGUUAAAGCUCAAUAA